AUGGAGACGGGUGGCUGGGUGGUUGGGUUUCCCGAGGCCGGGGAGGCCUUCCCGAGGCUCCGACCCCUUCCGGCCUUCCGAUUCCCCAGUGUGGCUGUUUUGGGGGGGCCCUUUGAGGUGAUCUGCCCCACCCCUCAACCCCCCACGAGCCUCUGCCGGCUGGCCAGCCUGGCCCAGGAGUCGCUGAGGAGGGGGUCUUCCUUGCAGGAAAUCGCUUCUUACCUGAUCACCUUUGAGAAGCAUGAAGAAUGGCUCUCCGGCUCCCCCAAGACCAGACCCCAGAAUGGCUCCCUCAUCCUGUACAACCGCAAGAAGGUGAAAUACCGCAAAGAUGGCUACUGCUGGAAGAAACGGAAGGACGGCAAGACCACCCGGGAGGACCACAUGAAAUUGAAGGUCAAAGGGGUGGAAUGUCUCUACGGCUGCUACGUCCAUUCGUCCAUCGUUCCGACAUUCCACCGGCGCUGCUAUUGGCUACUCCAGAACCCGGAUAUAGUCCUCGUCCAUUACCUGAACGUGCCGGCGAUCGAGGACUGCGGGAAGAUCUGCAGUCCUAUCCUCUGCGCCAUCAACAGUGACCGUAAGGAGUUGUUGAAGUGGUCGAAGGACGAUCUGGUCGGACAGCUGAAACCCAUGUUUCACGGGGUCAAGUGGACGUGCACCAACGGGAACAACCCCGCCGACUUGUCCGUGGAACAGUUGGUCCAGCAAGUUCUGGAGAGCCACCAGGCCAAGCCGCCGCCCCGGACGCACGCCUGUCUGUGCAGCAACAGCCUCGGAAGUCCCGGCCACGUCCCGCACAAAUGCAACAGCAUUAAGCACCGGAUCAUCUCCCCAAAGUUGGAUGUCCGUCCCUGCCCGUUCCCAGCCCUGACGGAAGUCCAGAACAUCUCCGGCGGCCAUGAGGGCAGAGCCGAGGCCGAGGCGGCCAAGGGGUCUCUCGUGGACACCAAAGGCCCCAAAGCGGCCAAAACCGGCUCCCCCGCCAUGGCCGACGCCGUCCCGGACUCCAUACAGCAGCCUUCCCCGGCUCUGACCCGGCCCGGCAGUUUCCCCAAACAGGAACGGCCUCCGGGCACCCUAUCCGUCGGCGCCAUCUUCGUCGUGGCUGGGCCAAGCGGGGCCGAGAAGCCGCUGGCGCUGACCCCCAGCCAACACCUGCUCUCCGGAGAGGGCGGGGCGGCUCCCACGGCGCCUCUCGGCCUCUCCGUCUUGCCCGGCCUGGUCCUCUCGCAAAGCCUGGAUUCCGCCAUGGAGACCAACGAGGGAGCCGCGGACGCCUUCGACCCGGAUCGCUUCCUCAACAGCCCCAAGCAAGGGCAGACCUAUGGGGGCGGCCGGGAGUCCCAAGCCGAACCGGAGCCCCCGGAGAAAGCCCCGUCCGCGGGCUACUCUCUCUACGUCUCCGCCAACCGCUUCUUCAUCCAGGACGAUGGGGCCCCGCUCUCGGCCAGCCCGACCUUGGCGGCGGCGGAAGCCACCAGCUGCGCCGAGGCGCCCAUGGAGACGGCGGGCGAGGGGGGCUCCUCCCGGGCCGGCGGGUUGCCCGGAGGAGAGGAAGAGCCCGUCGGGGUCCCGGAGAUCUCCCCCAAGGAGCUGCAGGAGGAGCUGUAUUCGGUCAUCCAGCGCGUGGCGGCAGCGGCCGGCGGCGGCGGUCCCUUCGGCCUCUCCCUCGACGGCCAUUUCCCGGAUCUCCUCGGCGAGUUGAUGACGGAGGGCACGGCGGCCGAGGGAGCGGGCAGUCCGAACGGCCCCAGUCCCGGGGCAGAGAGUCCAGAGCCGGUUUUGCCCCAGCCUUGCUACGCGGCGGAAGCCAUCUUGGGGAGCUCCGCUCAGCCCUUAGUGUCCAUCACCGACUUCUCGCCCGAGUGGUCCUACCCCGAGGGAGGGGUCAAGGUCCUGAUCACCGGUCCCUGGAUGGACGAUUCGGAGUCGUACAGCUGCCUCUUCGACCAAAUCUCCGUUCCCGCUUCGCUUAUCCAGUCGGGGGUCUUGCGCUGCUACUGCCCAG